GCGCGCCGCGGGUUGCGUUCAUAGCUCACUCCAGGCAGCGGAGGGCUGCGGCGGAAGGUCUGCGUUGCUGUAUCCCCGCUCUCAGGAGCUGCUCCGCCAGCGCGGGUUCGGCUGCUUAGGUGGAGCUGGAAAGGGGCGAGAAAGGAGGGACUACUUUCCGCUGGGUGCGCGCCUGCGCAGGACGGCAGCGCGGGGGCGCGGCAGGACACGCGGGCACCGCCUCGCCUGCCGCCGGCACGAAGGGUGCUGCGUCCCGGGGUGAGAUCGCUGCGCGCAGCAGGACCGCGCGGGGAGCUGCGGUCGCCAUUUUGCAGCGGUUGUGGGGGACGCCGCGCGUGUGCUCCCGUGUGCCCGGCCCGGCCCCGCGCCUCUCGCCAGCCGCUCUCCGAGCCCCGGCCCUCCACCGCCGCAGCCAUUGCCGACCUUGCUAUGUCCGGAGGGGGCGUGAUCCGCGGCCCAGCCGGCAACAACGACUGCCGCAUCUACGUGGGGAACUUACCCCCCGACAUCCGCACCAAGGACAUCGAGGAUGUUUUCUACAAGUACGGGGCCAUCCGCGACAUCGAUCUCAAGAACCGCCGCGGGGGCCCACCGUUCGCUUUCGUCGAGUUUGAGGACCCCAGGGACGCGGAGGACGCCGUCUACGGGCGGGACGGCUACGAUUACGAUGGAUAUCGCCUCCGCGUGGAGUUCCCUCGGAGCGGCCGGGGUACCGGCAGAGGAGGCGGCGGCGGCGGUGGAGGCGGAGCCCCUCGGGGCAGGUACGGCCCCCCGUCCCGGCGCUCAGAAUACAGAGUGAUCGUCUCGGGGCUGCCUCCAAGUGGAAGUUGGCAGGAUUUAAAGGAUCACAUGCGUGAAGCAGGUGAUGUAUGUUAUGCUGAUGUUUUCCGAGAUGGCACUGGUGUCGUGGAGUUUGUGCGGAAGGAAGAUAUGACCUACGCUGUGCGAAAGCUGGAUAACACUAAAUUUAGAUCUCAUGAGGGAGAAACUGCCUACAUCCGUGUUAAAGUUGAUGGCCCAAGAAGCCCAAGCUAUGGAAGAUCUCGGUCCCGCAGCCGUAGUCGUAGCAGGAGCCGUAGUCGAAGCAACAGCAGAAGCCGCAGUUAUUCCCCACGGAGAAGCAGAGGAUCUCCACGCUACUCUCCCCGCCACAGCAGAUCCCGAUCUCGUACAUAAAUGCUCACUAGCUCUGAUCUUUUUGUAGAAGCCCAUGUUGUACACAGUUUUCCUUUACUUAGUACAGCCUCUCAUUAUUAUUUUCCUCCCUUUUUUUUUUUAAUUUUUAUUUUAAAAUUCCAACUGUUUUAUCCAAAUUGGCUGAAGUGUUGAAUUGCAUUCUUGUGUAAAAUCCCUAGUGAGUAUUUGCUCCUUAACAUCAAACAUUCCCCUCACGUCUUUGGUAAAUUGUAUUUUACUUGCUGUCAGUCAGGAUUGUUUCGAUUUAGUUCUAGCUAAAUACCAACACUCUCCGACCCGUGGUACCGCUGUGUAAAUGUCUCAGUGUUCAGCUGGGGAUGUUGGGGUGUUUGUGGCUAACUUGUCUCUUCUGGGGGAUCUUAUAUUUUAUCUUGCCUUUUCGUGUGUCUUUCUGUAGACAUAUCUGAAGAGAUGGAUUAAGAAUGCUUUGGAUUAAAGGAUUGUGGAGCACAUGUCAAUCAUUUUAGGAUUGUCAAAAGGAGGAUUGAGGAGGAUCAGAUCAAUAAUGGAGGCAAUGGUUUGGAUUGGAGAGGGCUCACUGGAUCCCAAUCCUUGGAGCUGGAUCAUUGGAUUCAAAUCAUAAUGUGGAUAGGAUAGGGAGGCUGAAUUACAAGGAUUCAUGGAGCGGGAUCAAAUUACCAGGAACAUAGGAGUGGAUUCCUGCCCCAACCAAACCGCAUUGAUGUGGAUUUUUUUAUUCAUCUUAAUUGGCUAUUCCAAAGAUACUCUUUUUUUUUUUUUUUUUUUUUGGUUUUUUGUUCCCAUUUUUGACGAUUGGAGCCCUUAAGAUGCACGAUGGAGUUUUUCAUAUUUUUGGUAAAAGGAGCAAAGCGAGGACCUGGAGAGGUACGCUGGAGCAAUCUCCUUGGAAGGAUUCAGCACGAGUAGAUGGUAAACAUUAAAGGGGAAAAAGGGGGGUUUGUUUAAAAAAAAAAAAAAAGUCAUUUCUCUAAAUUUAAAGACAAAAAUUGGAGUUAAAGACUAAGUAGGUUUUCAAUUGGCUCUUGUCUUUUUUUUUUUUCUUUGACAAAUAAAAUUUAUACAAAAACA